AUGGAAUCCAUCAAAGUCAAAUAUGAGUCAAAACUCAAAGAAUUACGAGAUAAACUGGUUGAAAAGCAGAAAAAGAUCUUACUCCUUGAAGAACAGAUUCGUUCUAUAGCCUAUGGUAGUCAGAAACCUAUACCAAUCAAAUCUGCG